AUGAAUGCUGUGUCGUCAGGACGCCAAAGGGGUGCUAUGUGUGGAUCGUCAGAUACUCCCGUCACCGGCGAUGCAAUCACACGAGGCGGGACUUUUGAUCAUGCAGAUUGGAACAUGAUCUCGGCAAAUUCGUUUGAUGAAACGUACUUGGAAGGAGACUACACGACUGGUGGAAUGUCAUUGGGGUCUUCAUCCUCCUCUUCUGGUCUCAAUCACAUCAAUGAGCCGAUGAACAAGCUCACGCUGGAUAGUGAAGAUCACGAUAUGCCCGUCAUUUCAAUGCCGUAUCCAGGCACCAAUUGGUUCAUGGGCGAUAAGACAGAGUCUGGGACCGGCAAUGCGACUCCCUUGCCGUCAUUCGGGGGACUCACUCCUCGCACGCAAGCGGUUUGUGCUGCAGUGGCGGGAAACAGUGCUGCAUUCAGCUCCAGUUCUUGUACCCCAAACUUUCACUCAGGGGGUGCAGAUUACUCGAGCACAACUGAAAGAAUUGUUGGUGAUGCGGUGUCCAGCACAUCCGAUGCUGCGUAUCCAGCUCGAAUGCAAAACUUCGCUCCAUGCCUUCCGCACAAUAUGGAGCCUUCGGAGCUACUUUUUGAAGACAUGAACACCUGGACGGGGACCUCUGCAGACGUCUACGACAAUCAUCAUUACAACCAGCAGCACGCUCAGCCGCUUUUUCCUGUACCAACAAACUCAAGCGCGGCAAACGGCUACGCCUACUUCGAAGAUGCGUCUAACGCGCCUAAUUGCACGGUGCCAUCUUCGCAUCUUGCCCACGCACCACCGUAUCAACGCCAUCCACUGCUUCCAAAUGUAUCGACUGGUUCGCCUAUCUACAGGCCGACGCAAGGCCACGAAGAGAGUUUCCCCACAAACGGAAAUUGGACGCCAAAUCAAGCUUUCCACCAUUCGACCCCGGUAACAUGCAUGAUGCCGAGAGUUACAGUCAAGAGCUUUGGGGUUCACGCCGACGCAAACAGUCACGGGAAUCGGCAAGAGAAUGCAUCUGAAUCCAUCUUCCCCACUGACAAGAGGCAGGCUACUAAGCAUCUACAGCCCCCGUCAACACUCAGCAAACCCACGAACAAUGGCCGUUUAGCUACUACAAAUGCUGUCCCAAAGGCAAUGGCAUCUUCAAGCAGCAAUGGUGUGGCUACAUACCAGUCGGUAAAAAUUCAGCUGCUGACAGCGCUGAAUGAUUGCUACUGGAAAAAUGGACGGAAAAACUUGCAGUGUUUUCCAUCGUGCCCCGAGCAUCACGACUUUUACUCGAUGAAGAUGAACAACCGCAAGCACUCAAGCGUGGGUGUGUGUCGCGGCCCCGUGUAUUGUCAAGCGUUCACGAAUGCCUCCGAGUUCUUGCCAGCAGCUUCGACGCAACAAAUGAAACGUCACAGUGAUUUGGGAGUUUCGCGUCGAAGUGGCAAUGCGCGCGAGGUGUUUGUGCUCGGUCGUUUCGAGAGGGUGCCCCAACAAGAGUCGACAAAUCUUCUGGAAGAGCUGAAUGCGCCCCCUUCGUUCUCGAACGCCGCAGUCUUCGAACAGUUUCGUUUCACAUGCUUUCAGGCUGUGGAAAUGGAAGAGCGUCGCGUAUUGCUGCCACAAUCACCUCAUGACCCGUCCACCGAGACUACAGCUUCCCACAACUUACCAUCGAACUCUUCGGAUGGUCUUGCUUUCACGCAGCAACAACUUAUCCGAAGCACGUGGUUCUUCUUGCCCGAUGUGUGGAAGGUGCAGCCCAUGCUGAAGAAAAAACGCAAGGCGACACGCUCUGCUCCAGCCCAGACGUUUCCAUUCUGCUUCCGCAUCUUCAUAUACACCCGCGAUCUUGACGGCCCCGGGUAUUCGUGUAUUGCCGACACGGCCUCGACCUUUUUCGAGCUCUAUUCGACGCGGACCGUUGACCGUGUCAAACGCAAGUAUUGGAGUGGCGACAGCUCGUCAAGAGGCACGACGAGCCAGAGUGCAAGCCAGCCGCACGGACAUCAGCGAUUUUAG